AUGACCGCCACCCAGGCCCAUCUGCCUGCGCUCCCAUCUCUCCACACUAUCGAGAUGGAAGACCGCAAGCGCUCGCUCGUCAAUGAUGUCGACGACUUGGCGCCCAGUCGUAAGCGCCUCAAGGAUGAGAACGGCAGCACGAUGCGCAUGGCCGAGGACAAGGAAAAGGACGUCGAGGACUUCCAAAAGGAUGCCAUCCUGCGGCAGAUGAAAGAGUACCGCCGGCAGAAGAAAGAUGCGGAAGAUCAGCUGUCAGAACUGCAAAAGAAGACGAGACGCCAUAAUGAGCAUCUGCGCAUCAUCGACGCCUGGUUCGCCCAGCUUCUCGACGAAGUCCGCGUCCUUGCUGGUGACAAACUGCCCACUCCGCCUCCCAACGCUACUUCCUGGACCGGAGAAGAGCUGUAUAAAUCGGCGCUAUUGUUUGAGGAUAAUGAUACUUUCUCGGACCACCUGAAAGUUCGGUCAGAUGGGAUAAAGUCUGCCAUUGCGGAUCUUUUCGGCCGCGUGCCUUCAGCUUCGCCAGAUGUAGAGAGUCUAAAGGGCCAGCUUAAUGAGGUGCUCGCCAAGGAGAAGGAACAUGUCGUCGAGCUCCGGCAGGCCAUCGACGAGAAGAACUUGUCCGCUGAGCGCCUAGAGAUUGCCACGAUGCGGUACUUGACUGCGGAGAGGAAGCUGGAUCGUGCAAAGAGCUCACAGGUUCUGAAGCUCGAGAGGCAAGCCAUCAUGGGCGGGAACGGUGAUGCCACUACUCCCACAACUUCCAAGUCCGGCGCGACUCCUAAGAAGGAACAUUCCGACACCAACGGAGAGCUCGAAAAUGGCGUUGCAAGCGCUGAGGCCGAGGCUCAACGCAAGGAGGCCAUUGCUGCCGCCGAGAAGCAGAAAGCACAGCUAGAUGAGAUCGAGGUCGAGAACGAGAGAUUGACCAACGAAUUGAGUGCUGCAAGGACGAAGCUGGCCAGCCUUUCGGAGGACGACUACGCCGAGACUUCAUUGUUCAAGACUUUGAAGUCGCAGUAUGAGGAUGUCAUCAAGCGUGUCAACGACCUCGAAGCUACUAACGUACAGCUCCGAGAAGAGGCGCAAAAAUACCAAUCCGAGCGUGCCGCAUACCGGAACCAAAUGGACGAUGAGGCUCGAAACCAGACCAGCGAUAUUGAGGCAGCAAAUGCGAGGGCCGAAACAGAUCUUGCACGAGUCCGGCACACAAGAGAUCAGCUGAGCUCUGAAAUGUCGAUUCUGAAAGCUUCCGAGGAGACUCCGAAGACUUUCAUCGUGCUGGCGCAAGAGCUGGCUGAAGCCAAGGACCAAAGGAUAGCUGCUCUCGAAUCGCACGUCAAGCGGUUGGAAGUGCAGGUCGGUGACGCAGAAGUCGCGCUGGGCGACCUGGACGAUCUGGAUGCCAAUGCGGUGAAGGCCAAGCUGCGAGCUUUGCAUACUCAAUAUCAGCUGCUGAGCAAUGAAUUGCCGUCUAUGGAAGCCGCCUGGAAGAAGACACAAGCUCUGGCAUCGAAGAAGAUCGACGAGGUUGCCACUUGGGAAGAGCAGGUUGCUCGCCUGACUGCAGAAAAGGCAAAGGCAGACCAGAAAUAUUUCGCGGCAAUGAAGGCCAAAGACAUGCGCGAGACAGAGCUUCGCACUUUGAAGAACCAGAGCUCGCGGUCCAGCGAGAUUGUCUCGCAGCUCAAAGAUGGAGAGACCAAGACGAAAGAGCUUUGCAUCAACCUCGAACGACAAGUCGCCGAUGCUAAGGACAGCUUGAACAGGAUCGAGUCGCAACAUCGCAUCGCCGAGCAGAAGCUCAAGGAGGCGAACACUUCCGCCGAAGGCUUGAAGAAUAACGUUGAUGAGCUUAAGGCGUUGAUUGGCGCGAAAGACAAGGAAACUCUGGGAACUGCGAAGGCCAAGCGACAAGCCGAAGAAGAUUUGGAGAAGUGCAAGGCACGGUUGGACGACAUAAAGAAACAGUACGACACGUUGAAAAAGACCCGAGCAACAGUCAGUUCAACAAGCGGAGACCAAUGGAGGAACCUUGCCAUCUGCCCGGUCUGCAAUGCCAACAUUCGGAAUACGGUACUGAAGCUUUGCGGCCACGUUUUUUGCAAGAGCUGCAUUACGGAUCUGAUCCAGAACCGCUCCAGAAAGUGCCCGACCUGUGAAAUGCAACUCUUCAUCAACGACGAAUUCAAAGCGCUACAACGAUGCUGGCCACCUACUUACCCAACGCCAACAGAUAUCAACGACUUGCUAGUCAGGAUGUACAUGCUAGGAAAGCACCUUCAACAGCAGGGUCAUGCAUUACCAGGACUUGGAGAGCUCGCGGAUGUUGGAUUGUACCGUAGGACGGAUGCUAGAGAUGUUGCAAUGUUAUCACAGGAUACCAGCGAGAUCACGUUGACGUCGAGCGCCGUACCGCCGCAGUUCGUAUCCGCGCGAGCCCCUUCGUGCCCUCUGAUACAGCCUUUCGAGCCGACGUACCCAGGAGACGACAUGGAGAAGAUGUUGAGGAGGCAAGAGCGGAUGAGGGCAAUGGAUGAGUGGUAUACGAAUCGGCAGUGGGAGGCGUUGCAGGCACUUGAGGGGGAUUUGACGAAGCAUUUUGAUCAGCGGCUCGCGUCAUUUCAGCGGCAGCAUGCGAUUGACCAGAAGCGACUGGCUGAGCUCACUAUCAAGCUUGCUGAGGUACAGAAGGAGAAGGCCCAGAUUGAGGAUUGGUUGCGACAGUCUGAAGCGAAAGCGGUCUUUGGCAGUGGGGUCAGUGGACACUGGGCCACGCAAAAGCAAAGGCUUCUGAAUGAGAACACCUCGCUCAAGUACUCCGUAGAGCAAGCGACUCGACAGCUCAACGAGUAUGAGACCACGAUAGACCGCCUCAAGGCGGAGAACGCUAGGCUCGCCGACUCCUCAACGAAACCGUUGCAUGGAACCACUCUGGCAGAAAUGCACAAGCAGACGCAAGCGCUUUCGAGCGAGAACGUGUCUUUGAAAGACACUCUCCAGCGCGCCAUGCAACAAAUCCUCGAUCAACGGACGACCGUGGACAGCCUCAAGGCGGAGAACACCAACCUUGUCGACCUGUCAAAGAAGGCUCAAGGCCGGGGACUGGAGUAUAGAGCAGCCAUUACCCGUCUCAACAACGAAAAGGCACAACUAAUCACCAAAUACAAAGUCCACGAAACGCAACACGAAGCCUACGUAAGGGAUCUCCUGAACCAGAACUCAACCCUCCAAUCCCAGAACCGCCGUGUCGAUGAAGCGGCCAAAGAAGUCCUGGCAGUCUGCAAGACUCAACAGGAAGAGAUCACGAGACUGGAAUUCGAGCUAAGCGUCGCCAAAGCUGCGCUCUCUUCACAGCUCUCCAUUCAGCAACGGCGUCAAGUAUCUUCUUCCUCAACAGAGUACACACCUCCGACUUCCCGCAGCACUUCUGGGAGCAGUGUCGUCUACCACGAGCCGCCAUCUGCCAAGAAAGGCACAGCAAAGCCAGAGUCGUACCCUCACAUAGAGAUGCGAGUGAAUCGUCUGGCUGCUGUACCGGCGAAACGGAAGUUGAGUCGGGUUGUAAGUGAGAGUGAAGGCGGCAGGGAUGUGCUGGGUGCGGUCAUGCGUAGACUGCGUGAAAGGGGGAAGAAGGUGAAGCAGGGUGAGGAGCAACUAAGUGGGAUGAUGUGGUCGAGGGAGACGUCGGUUUCUUCCCAGGGCAGUGUGAUGGAUUGGACUGUUUGUGGAUAA